CCUUGACGGCUUGUCUUGGCUCUGUCCAUGGCAUUCGAGGAGCUCCUGGCUCGGGCUGGGGGUGUGGGGCUGUUUCAGGCCCUACAAAUCUGCACCCUUCUUCUUCCGGCCCUCCUAACACCUUCUCACAUGUUCUUGGAGAACUUCUCCGCCGCCAUCCCGGACCACCGCUGCUGGGUCCAUGUACUGGACAAUAGCUCUGAGCUCCCUGCCAACCUGAGCCACAAGGCCCUCCUAGCUGUCUCCAUCCCACUUGGCCCCAACCAGCAGCUUCACCAGUGCCUCCGCUUCCGCCACCCGCAGUGGCAGCUCCUGGACCCCAACGCCACAGCAACCAACUGGAGCAAAGCUGCCACCGAGUCAUGUGUGGACGGCUGGGUCUAUGACCACAGUACCUUCACGUCCACGAUUGUGACAAGGUGGGACCUGGUAUGUGCCUCCCAGAACCUGAAGCCCAUGGGCCAGUCCAUCUUCAUGGCUGGGAUUCUGGCAGGAUCCUUCAUCUGGGGUCUUCUCUCCCAGCGGCUGGGGCGCAAGCCGAUCCUCAUCUGGUGCUGCCUGCAGGUGGCUGUGACCAGUGCCAGCAUCAUCUUGUCUCCCAACUUCCUCAUCUACUGUGGCCUUCGGUUCCUGAGCGCCCUCGGGCUGCCUGGCAUCCUUAUGACACAGUCCUCACUGUUAGCCGAGUGGACCACAACCCGCAGGAGGACUGUUACCAUGACGAUCCUGAGCUGUACCUACAGUACAGGCCAGAUGGCUUUGGCUGGCCUGGCCUACACCCUGCGGGACUGGAAAGACCUCCAGUUGGCCGUGUCCAUCCCCUUCUUGGUCUUCUCUCUGCUGUCCUGGUGGCUGCCAGAAUCUGCUCGAUGGCUGAUUACCAGAGGCCAGCCAGAGAGAGCACUUCAGGAACUCCAGAAAGUAGCCAGAAUAAAUGGCCACAAGGAAGCCAAAAAGACGCUGACCAUAGAGGCGUUAAUGUCCAGCAUGGAGGAAGAUGUGACCACUGAGACUCAUGGGUCAGUGCUGGACCUGUUCCGUGUGCCUGUUCUCUGCCGGAGGAUCUGCGCCAUGCUGGUGGUGAGCUGCUUCCUGAUGCUGUCCUUCUACGGCCUGGUCCUAGACCUGCAGAGACUGGGCAGGGACAUCUUCCUCCUGCAGACCCUCUUCGGAGCUGUGGACUUCCUGGGCCGAGCCACCACCAUCCUUCUACUCAGGUUCCUGGGCCGCCGCAUGACCCUGGGUGGCUCCCUGGCCCUGGCAGGGUUCUGUAUCCUGGCCAAUGGUCUGGUGCCACAAGACCUGCAGACCCUGCGUGUGGCCCUGGCUGUCCUGGGACAAGGUUGUUUGGGGAUCAGCCUGACCUGUACAACUGUGUACAAGACGGAGCUCUUCCCCACGCCGAUGAGGAUGACAGUCGAUGGCUUCCUAAGCUCCAUGGGCCGCCUGGGGGCUAUGAUGGGCCCGCUGAUCAGGAUGGCCCAGCAGGCUGUGCCCCUGCUGCCGCAACUCACCUACGGAGCUGUCGCCAUUGUCUCCAGCCUGGUCUUGCUCUUCCUCCCAGAGACCCAGGGACUUCCGCUCCCUGACACCAUCCAGGACUUAGAGAGUAGAUCAACCACAGCCAGGGGCAACCAGCAAGACAUGGUCAUUAUGGAAAGUACCUGGCUCUAAAGAUCUACCUUCCUGUACAUCCCAUUGGCCAAGAACCUCUGGGAAAGGAAUGGCCUCUUCCCCAAUAAGAAGGAGGAAUAGUGCAUGGACUGCCAAGAGGCUCAGAGAAACAGGCGGGCAGCAGGUGGCUGCAGGCAGCUCUCUCACAUGUUCUCCACCCGACCCCUACCCCACAACCCCAUCACAUUCUCCACCCUACCCAGCCUGGCUGCCCUCUACACCUUCAC